UCCACGCGUGAAACUUGUCCGGCGAUUUUUAAGCCUCGUUCUCGAUUUGCGAUCUUCACCGGCAAGAGCAUUAACGACACAACAAUACGGAUAAGCGAGGAAAAAGGAAACGAGCAGAAGGAAAGAAAAAAAUAAAAAAUAAAAAGAGAGGAAGGAGGGAGCAGAGAGGCUGCACAGUAGCAGCCGGGAGGAAAGAGGGAGCCCGACGACACGCGGCCGCGCGCGAGCGAGACGGCGAGCUGUCUGCGAGCUGUCUGCCCUCGUGUUUACCCUGGCCCCGGGCUGUAUACCGAGAGAGAGAGAGAGAGAGAGAGAGAGCGAGCGAGUGAGUAAGAGUUGUCGGAGGUGGAGGAGGAGGAGAACGCACCGCGAGAGAGAGAGAGAGAGGCGGUGAACCUAUGUGCUCCCGGCACAGCUCGCGCGCGCGCAGCCCACUCCGGUUUUUGCCCGCCGAACUUGUUAAAAGAGCACGCGAGCCGCCGAGGGACCAGAGACGAGCGAUGACUUUUUCGCGCGGUAGAUCGUGAUGUAGGUGUCAAUACCUGCGCACCGCUCUCCGGACACACACGCACGCUUUUUCUUUCUUUCCUUUGGACUGUGCUCGCUCGCUUGAUAUAGAUCAACCCCGCUGCUCGAACACCAGGGACGGAAACUUAGGGGGAUGAACAGCAUGUCGAUUACGUGAUCGUCGCGCGCCAGCGCCAUCCGAUCGUUCGUCCGAGGUGUGCUCGAGAGACCGCACGGAUAUACACACACGCAUACCCCCCAUUGGUUCAUUUGCCGAGACAACGAUAGUCGACGAGAUGAUCCGUCAGGUUCUGGUGUGCCUGGUGAUGGCCGGUGUCUGGCAGUGCGUGGUGUCGCACCACCUGCGCCACCACAGCAGUGCCGAGCUCAAGGACGCGGGAGCAAGCCCGACCAGCCAUGAGCAGGGUGCACCAAAGAGCCGGAGGAGCUUGCAGGCCGGCCAUCGGUACGAGCGCGAGAGUGCGAGGUCGGGCCACGGCCACCGCAAGCUCGACAAGAUGAUGAACAAGGCGAUACUCCAGAUAAUCCUGGGCGACCUGCGCCCGGCGGACAUGCUCCUACUCAAGGCCCUCAAUUACACGGCCGAGGACGUGAUGACCAUCAGGGAGCACGAGCUCAGCAGGCUCAAGGAGGACGAGGAGUUGCACGCCCGGGACAGGAGGCUCCGCGAGCAGGAGGUCCUCAGCUCCAAGUACCAAGCGGCGGCUAUGCUGCGCCGCGGUAACAAUGGCCCGCGGCAGCGCAAGAGGCCGGCGAGCAGCGUCGAGGCUUACAAUCGCCAGGCCGUCUACGACUACGAGAGCGGGGCUACUGUGGCCGGGGUCUUGAAACCACCCCACGUGGUAUUUAAGAUAGGCCACGACGACUCGGAGGUGGACGAGGGACGCAGAGUGAGGCCCGUUCACAGGACUGUUACCGCCGGGCCCAGUCAAGAGGAAGCAGGGGCCAAUCUCGAGGAGUUCAAUAGACAGGCGGCGGCUGACUACGAGAACCUAGUGCCCAACAACAGCCGGUCGGAGGAGACCAGCAGGGGUCCGCAGCAGCGCAACGCGACCGAGGAGGUGGUGUCGGGGAGCACGGAGCCGACGGGUGGCAAGAGGGCCAGCGAGUACGAGGGCCUUGAGUGGGUCGGCGGCGACAUAUACAGGGUCAAGCCCGAGGCGAUGGAGGCGCUGUUCAAUUACGAGGACGAGCCGGAGGAGCGAGGCUCGUACUCGGGUGGUAGGCUCGACAAGGAGUUGGCCAACGACACGUUCGAGUACCAGAACGAUGCCGAUGAAUCGGGUGGGAACAACGCCAAUUUCACUGCGGACGACUCGCGGAACCUCACCUCCUACCAGCGGCUCGCUUUGGCCCAGCGGAGAGACGCAAACUCAACGUCGACGGUCGAUAGACAGGGACAGAAGGCGAUUGAGGACAUAAAGCUGCGCGUUCUGGCAAUGACGGGAAGGUUUAAUCUUUCGUCGAGCAGCAACCAAGUCCAGCAGAGGCUCACGAUGUUCACUCCCACUUGUCAGGUACCACGCAACACGGAUGCAGAAGCCUGGUCCGAUCCCUACUCGAUGAACAUGCACUUUCAGCUGAACCUGACCUCCGGCGAGCACGUGCUGGCCGCGAAGCUGCGGCUCUUUAAGCUGCCCCAAGACAGAGCCACCUCGCCCACGAGCAGCACCACUGGCACCGGUACUUACGAGCCCGAGGAGAUGGAGGAGGACGAAAAGAAGAUCAGGAUAUCGGUUUACUUCUACACAAAAUCGCUCAAAAAGCACCGGGCGAAAAAACGCCUCAUGGACUCGAUCGUGACGCCACUGACGUCGCAAGGCGGACAUUUGGCGCUGGACGUGAGGCAGGGCUUACGCUUCUGGAGGCCUCCAGGUGGUAAUCAACAGCAACAGCAAACCCACGGCCACGCGAGCGGCGGCAAUCACGGCCUAGUGGUCCAAGUCGAGGACCAGGACGGCCGGCCGCUCAAACCCGCGCUCUACAUCCAGGAGCCAUCCUGUCAGUCGGUGACCGAGAGUGGGACACCCACGCUCGCGGGGGAUGAGAAGGCAUAUCAGUUUGUCCCUGCCCUUUUCGUCCGAGCCUGUACUCGUUACGUUCGUCUCGUAAGCGGUAAAGUUGAGAUGUUCGUCCAAUGCAGGUCGUCCCAGAGGCAUUGACGCUGCAUCAACUCAAGUGGUAUACUUCCUGCUGUAGAAGAAAUUCCGUAUUGAUUAGUGGUUGAAGGAUAGGCACAUUAUUUUUGAAAAAAUCUAGUUCCUCAUUUAUUAUCAUUUUUAUUCAUAAAUCAUGUACUGAAUUAAUGAUAGUUUUCGUCACGUGAGCGGCAUCAUCGCCGGGGCUUUAUUUGGGCCCGAGGGGCUGUUAGAUGGCGCUUUUGUGGUGAACGCUAUUUUUCCUACCGAAGGUGCAACAAACGUCGGUAGGUCACGAAAAACUCCCGAAGUGGAAAAAAU